UACUUUUUGUCACUGGGCGUAGCGGGUUGUGGGUGGAAUACCUGCGGGUGGGAGGAGUAUCGGAGGGGUCGGGCAGGGUAGGGCCCUGCUGAGGACGGGAUAGUCGGGAGCCGCUGUUCUGGGGAAGUCUGAUGCGUUCUGGGGCUUUUUGCAGGGUUUGCUGUCUUGUCCCCUGAAGGCAGAACUCCGGGAAAGUCAGCACGCGCGGGAGGAAGAUGAGUUCGAGCUUGACCGCGAGUCAAGUCCCUGAUGCUGAGGCAGGAGCCUGGAUGGCAGCUGCGAGGUCCAGGGUCGCCGCGCCGUCUCUGCGUGAUGGACUUUUGAUAGUGAAAGUGGAGGAAGACUCACCCGGAGGUCAGGAGCCCGACGCGCCUGGGGACUGUCAGGAUCCGGAAAAGUCGCGACAGCGUUUUAGGCGGUUCCGUUACCAGGAGGUGGCUGGACCCGAAGAGGCGCUAAGCCGGCUCAGGGAACUUUGUCGCCGGUGGCUGAGGCCCGAGAUGCACUCGAAGGAGCAGAUCCUGGAACUGCUGGUGCUGGAGCAGUUCCUGAGCAUCCUGCCCCAAGAGCUACAGGCUUGGGUGCGGAGGCACUGCCCGCAGAGCGGGGAGAAGGCUGCGGCCGCGGUGCGCGUUUUUCAGAGAGCGCUUGAUGGGGCCUCACCCCAGGAGUUGGUGACGGUUGAGAAUAUGGCUGUGUCUCUAACCUGGGAGGAGUGGGACCGUCUGGACCCAGCUCAGAGGGACUUCUGCCCGGAGAGCGCACUGAAGGACUGUAGAAACACGGUCUCGCUGGUCUCGCUGAGUUUGGAAACCAGAACCGAGAACAAAGAAUUUAUUCCAAAGCAAGAGGUUUUAGAAGAAGUAGACCCGCAGGGGCAGCUACAAGAAGGGUCCCACAGGAAGGUUCCCCCAUUUUCUGGGUGUGAUGAUACCCACAAGAACAGGGUAGAAAAGCAGUCAGAAAAUCCCUCACCGCUGAAACUUGAAAAUUCUCCUGAAGAGGAAGGACUCUCCAGCACCACAGAUCUCAAGAAUGGUCCCACGGAAGAGGGAGACUCCAAAAAUAAUGAAUUUGGGAACAGUGCCCCGAGUUCAAACUUUGUUCCUUAUCAGCACAUCCAGACAGUGGAGAGGCCCGUUAACAGGAACCAACAGGGGGACAGUUGUAAACAGAGUCGAGACCCGGUAAAACGUCAGAGGGUGAAACCUCACAGCUCUGUUGACAGUGAAGAACAUUCCCGCAGGGCAGGUCUUUCUGAGACCCAGCGGCAGUUCCGUGAAGAAAGGCCUUAUAGAUGUGACCACUGUGAGAAGAGUUUCAAGCAGCGUUCUGACCUUUUUAAACACCAGCGAAUCCACACGGGAGAGAAGCCCUAUGAAUGCCAAGAAUGCGGGAAGAGCUUCAGUCAGAGUGCCGCCCUGAUUAAACACCAGAGGACACACACGGGCGAGAAGCCCUACACCUGCCCCAAAUGUGGGGAUAGCUUCAGACAGAGCUCCCACCUCAACCGGCACCAGAGAAUCCACGUGGGAGAGAAACACUUCAAGUGUAACGAAUGUGGGGAAACCUGCCGCACUUCCAACCGCUUCAGACACCAGAGGAUACAUAAAGGGGAGAGACCCUAUACGUGUGAAGAAUGUGAGAAGAGCUUCAAACGGUGCUCAGACCUCUCUAAACAUCAGAGAGUCCACACCGAGCUCACUUCCUUGAUCCUGGAUGUGAUGGAAGAGUAGUGCACGUCUUCUCCUUGGACCUUCCUUGAAACCAGCAGGAGGGACGGGCUCCUCGAGGACUACAGUCGACACUUUCUGAACACAAGCAACUCACUUGUGGGGAGAAGUGUUGAAACACUGGGAGGGGAGUAUAGAAGAGACAGAGCAGGGAAGACCGCUAAUAAAGCAGCUGCCAAGGUGAGUGAAUGCAUAAUCCCAUGGCAAAACCGAAAACAAGUGUAAAAUACAUGCUUCAGAGAUAUUCCACCCAAGAGGAGAGGAUCCUAUUUGUGAAAUUCCCAUCAAGCAUUAGCUGAAGUCUGCUCACACGAUGUAGUUACCCUACAGAGCAGUGGCCUUUUGUGGUUUUAGAAAAAGCCUGCAGGCCAAGAGACACACGGUGCAACUCAGAUGAAGCCCAAAAGAGGGAGUAAGCAGAGGGCAGGCAGGCCAACUAUUAACAGUUGACUUAGAACUCUGAAUAGAAAUCUAGUAGCACGCUAAUUUUAGUUUCUGGGUACAUUUUAGUAAUUUUUUUAAAGCAGGCUCCACACCCAAAGUGGGGCUUGAACUCACGACGCCUCAGCCAGGUGCCCAAAUUUUAGUGAUUCUUAAUAUCUCACGAGUUACUUGUGAGUAGCCCUUAUUUUACUUUUAAAAAGUAAUGUAGUAUCAGGUAAUUUUUCUACAUAAAACCAAGAAAAGUAUCUUUUUACACCUUUCUUUGACUUAAAAACGUUUUCCCCCCAGUUAUACAGGAAAUAAGAAAAGUAUUCCUACAUCGUUCAUAAUCAUCAAAUGGUCUCCAGCCUAGGGAACCACAAAGUUUUUAUGCCUCCCUUCCGCCUGGACUUGGGACAAUGAAGGUAUGAGGAGCUCAACGGAGACUGAACAUGAUAGACUAUUACAUGUUCUAUUAAUUCUUGACUCCAGCAAGAAGGUUAGCUACAAAAAGAGGGUCCCCACAGCAAAACCAUUUCAAUUCCUGUUUAUUAAUUUUUAUAAAACAAUGAAGUUACACAUAAUUACAAGAGUGGUAAGUUCU